UUUAGGGUUCUUGGAGUGGGGCGAAGAUCUGAUGAAUUCUUGAGUUUGUGUAUGGAUUUGACGCGGAGGGAGCGGGCGAUCUGUGAAUUUGCCUUCCUUGCGUGUUUCUUCUUGUGCUCGGCUGCAGCUUCUUCUACAGCGGACGUUGUUUUGCGCAGCGGCGCCGAUAACAGCCAGAAAUUUAAUCUUACCCUCGCAAAGAUUUUGGUGGAGUAUGCAUCAGCGGUAUAUGUAGAUGAUCCGGCAGAGCUGUGGCAAUGGAGUUGUGAUCGAUGUAACAGUCGGACGAAAGGAUUUGAGCUUGUGGAUUUGAUCAUAGAUGUCAAACAUUGCCUUCAGGCUUUUGUUGGCCUGGACAGAAACCUCGGAGCCAUUGUCAUGGCAUUUCGUGGGACUCAAGAAAGCAGCGUCCAGAACUGGGUGGAAGAUUUAUAUUUCAGACAACUGGAUUUUCACUAUCCCGGAUGCGUUGACGCAAUGGUUCACCAUGGAUUCUACUCCGCGUACCACAACACAACGCUCAGGCCUCGUGUUCUCGCGGCUGUCCACGCUUUAGUAGGCCAACACAAAGACUUGAAACUGAUGAUCACCGGACACUCCAUGGGAGGAGCAAUGGCAACCUUUGCUGCUCUGGAUCUCGUGGUGAAUCACAAACUAGAAAACGUCCACGUUGUCACCUUCGGCCAGCCUCGAGUAGGCAAUCCAGCAUUCGCAGACUAUUACAGAGCGAUGGUGCCGGACACGAUACGAAUGACGCACGCUCACGACUUGGUUCCUCAUUUGCCACCUUACUACCCGUUUUUCGGCGAGAGAACUUACCACCACUUUGCAACCGAGGUUUGGAUCUACAGCUGUGAAAUGGACAUCCUAACUUACGAUGUUUUCCGCGUCUGCGACGAUUCGGGCGAGGAUCCAACUUGUUGCAGAUCGGUGGUAGGAAACAGCGUUUCGGACCAUCUUAUGUAUCUCGGGGUGUUUCUCAAGGCGGAGCCUUUCCUGCAGCGACAAAGCUCGUAAUGAGCUUGUACAGUAUGUGUAUAGAAACUAUUCUUUCUUUUCUCCUCUUUUUUAUUUUAUUUUAUUUUAUUUUUGUGGAAUCCACUAUUGCGAUUCUACAAUUCUACUCUCUAAAUCGUCCAGAUUAUUUUGAUUCAAGUGAUAGUAGACAAACUUUCGAUUAAA